GCAACUUUGUCUGUGUCCUGUCGUCCUGCCUUUUGGAUAUCGGGAAUCUCACCUUCAAGAGUCAUCUGGCGUCUGUGUGUGGGUGCGGGUGUGCUUUUUCUUGGUUUUUAUACCCGGGUGGCUGCUUCCCUUUUUUUUUGCGCCCUCCGCAUAAUAUCAUGAGAUUCCCCUGAUAGCGUCUUUUCUUGCAUUUUCGCUGGUACAUACAAAGCUGUAAAGUCAUGGCAUCUUACACGGAUAUCCACCGGUUCUUGGAGCCGCUGAGCAUCGACGUCGAUAGGUCGGAGGAGCUGUCGCGGAGGUUUCUCGACAACUUUAAGGAUCUGGCUGCGAAUUCGAGGGAUCAGUUCUUGCCUACGCCGAUAUCUGAGUCUAUCUUGAGGCCUAUCGCUGAGCAAGGAGGUGGACGGCACCUGGCAAUAGACAUAGGAGGGACGAAUCUUCGAGUUGGCUUCGUUGAGCUGCAUGGUGACCACCAAGAUCCUGCAUCACGUGUCCAGCGACCACUGGAGAGAUCAUGGCCCAUUGACAACCAUCUCAAAAACGACAACGCAAACAGUCUUUUUUCAUGGAUAGGAAGAUGCAUCGCCGACGUUGUGGAUGAGGGCUGUAGAACAUUCGACAUCCCCAACGAUGUGCCCUUGCCUUUGGGCGUCACUUUCAGCUUCCCUAUGGAGCAGAGAUCCGUCUCUCACGCCCUGUUGAUGGAUAUGGGCAAGGGAUUCGCUCUGCCGUCUGGCAUCGACUUGGGAGCUUACAUCGAGCAAGGUUACGCAGAUUCUGGACGGACUGAGCUACCGCCAAUCAAAGUCACCGCUCUUGCAAACGACGCCGUAUCGACGCUGGUGUCGUGCAUCUUCAGCUACGGCGGCACGGAGCAUCGUCGAGCAGCCAUGGCUCUGAUUCUGGGGACGGGAUCUAACGCUACGGUGCCCCUGAAGCUGGAUCUGCUGCAUCCUAGCAAACGCCCGCAGAUGGUGAGCCUUCUUCCCGGCGAGGAGGUUGCCGACGCCAAAAUUGCAGUCAACACCGAGUGGAGCAUAAAGGGCACACUGCCGCCCAUGGCAGAGGUGAAUCUAGUCACCAAAUGGGAUGAUGUCUUGUCUUUGCAGAACGAGAGGCCUGGGUUUCAGCCUCUGGAGUACAUGACGGCAGGGAGAUACCUGGGCGAGCUGGCACGAAUCAUCUUGGUCGACUAUCUAAUCAACGAGUCCAAAAUGGCCGUCGAGACUCUACCGAAGAAGCUGCUUGAAAAAGAGAGCCUGACAACGACGUUUCUAAGUCAUUACAAGCCGCUACAGCCCCCAUCCGCCCUGCUGGAGAAGCUGCGACGGCAAAUCCCCGAAGAUACCGACUCCUCGUUCUCUUGGACAAAAGACCUCGCUGUUGCGCUGUACCACAUUGCAAAGGCCAUUGAAGUACGGGCGUCAGGCAUUAUCGCCGCCGCCAUCGUCGCUUUGCUUACGCUUGCAGACGAGUUACCCGAGGAGGCAAACGCAGGCGCAGACGCAGAUACGAGCUCCCCCAUUCGUGAGCUUGGCGUGGGUUACACCGGUGGCUGCAUAGUUCAUUUCCAGGAUUACUUGGCCGACUGCCAACAAUUUCUAGACGAGCUGCUGGCACGCAGGUUCGGUGACAACGGCCGUUUACGAGUCGUGUUGAAACCUUGCCACGAUGGCGGUGUUACGGGAGCGGGUAUUUUAGUGGUUGCUGAAGCGUCGUCUAGUAGGAAGAAGUCAGAGGCAUGAGCAAGGUUCCUCUUUUCUUCUUCCUCCUUGUGUUCCUUUUUUAAAACCUCUUUGGUCUUUUUGUUGCGAAAGCACAGCGUAGAUGAACGACUUAGAUUACCGAGAGCCAGAGAUGGAUGUGGCUUGUUAUGAUGGGAUAGAAUAGUGCGUGGAGCGAAUCCAGGGCUUGAUGGAUGAGAGAUGGGCGAUUUUGAUGAUAUUGAGAGGAGGUUGAUAUACCACCCUGCGUACAUGCAUAUAUAUACUAAUAUACAUACGCUUGUGUACGCCAU